AUGCUCCACUGCACCAACUCGGUAGCGACCACAGCUCGCUUGAACACGGCCACCAUUUAUGAAGGGAAGGUGGCCCCCGGAAUUUUGACUGCGAAGUCACUGCAAGGAGUUUUACGCCAGCAAAACGUGCAGUAUGAAGAAGAGUCUUGCGACGAGAUCAUCAGCCCUUACGGAAGAAUGCCACGUCUACCUAGGAAAGCUCGAUCCAAGCAUCGGUCGAAUGAUUCGCCUCCAUUUCAAGUUGGGCUCCGAUUCAAGCAAGACGUUGGUGUCAGACGCAAGCGCUGUCGAAAGCUGGACCCGAUCCCAGCAGAAGUUGCUCGGUCAAGAGAUAACUCACACCCGGUUGUGCAUGAACCGCCGGCUGGAAACCAAGGGAACGGAGAGCUCUGUCCUAAAAUUCCCGAUGAGCAACAACUUGGUCAGUUGCGUUCGGGAUUGCAGCAUACAAACUCCCAGCUUCAACGGGAUGCAGACAGAUUGAAGACCCAAAUUCAGUGGAUUCAUGGACACUUUCCAGUGCUAAAGCUCGCCAACACCAAGUGUUCACGUCCUCUUCGCCAGCAGCUAUUCAAGACUGCAGUCGUUCAUGUCGGCAUCAAUUUUAUGCUGCGGAAAGCGUUGAUGAUCUGGUACGGUAAGCUACUCGAAGCCCAACGCAAGGAGAGGCUGCAGCUGAGUGCGUCACGCCGACUUAUUGCAAUGCUUGAGAAAGUGUCCAUCGAUCGUGUGUCUGGAAGGUUUAACUGCUGGCGACGGUGGGUGUUGGAGUGCCAAUCGGACGAAGAGAUGGCUGCAGCCAUCACCAUUCAGCGCGUUGCUCGAUUUCUUCACUAUCGUCGCAAAGAACGAGAGUCUGUCGCUAAGCAAGAAGCAUUGAUUCGAGCUCUUGAGGAGAUGCAGCACAAUGCUAGAAUCAUCCAAAGAGCAUACCGUCGCCAUCGUCGAACAGUUCAACUGCGUCGCUGUGAAGCUGCGGCGAGAACUAUCCAACGGGUUGAAAUGUGGCGCACAGCGCAUAAUGGAUUCAUUAGACGGCAAAACGCUGCAAAAGUCCUGCAACGAGCUUACCGCUCGUAUUCCAAGCGGCGAGCUCGUAAGCGCGCACAGGCGAUUGCUAACCUUUUCGACCGAAGUCGAGAACGACAAGCACGACGGAUUCAAAGCGCUUGGGCUUCGUAUAAAACAUGGCGAGACUAUGAAUUGCCGCUCGAAAUGGUGCGGUACUUUGUCGACCAAGUCGAGUUUAUGGAUGCUGUACUGCUCAUCCAGCGCCACCACCGAGGGUUUCAGUGUCGUCUUGACAAAAAGAGGAGAAAUAUUAGUGCUGCACGCAUCCAGAACGACUGGCGAGCUGCUCACCGCCGUGUGGCUGCAAGAGCUGACAGACGCAUGAUGCUAUUGAACCGUGAACUGGCAGCCUCUUGCUUGCAGCGCACUUUCAGACGAAUGAAGGAGCAGCGCAAGAUCCGGAGUGUGAUUCGGGACUCCACACGGCCGCUGUACUUGCGCGCUCGUCAUCUUGGGCAAAGUUUUCGUGUAAAGUUCCGCUUUCCUAUCGCCAAGAGCGCAAUUCUCGUGAUCCAGUCGACGUGGAGGCGCUAUUCUGCGUACAAGGAGGACAAGCAACGCAAACUUUCAGCAGCAACAACAAUCCAGAAGUUCCUACGACGUGGGGGGAUUCUGGCGAAAUGGCACAAUUCCGUAUUCGGAGCGCGUUUCCGUCGGCGUGACACUGCAGCGAGGACUCUCCAACGUUGGGUACGACGUCUUCACAGCCGACAAAGCAUCCCCGCACCUCGAAGGACUUCGGUCAUUUACGUGUUGGAGCAGAUUUCGGCUGCUGCAACUAUCCAGCGAUGGCAUCGACGCCUCUGUCAGGAUAAUUGGCGCUUCAUCUCUCGCUUACUAGCCAAAGAGCUUCCACGGUGCAACAAUGCUGUUAGGAUGAUUGCACGCUGCUGGAGAGCGUAUUCUGCGAGGAAACAAGAGCACAUGAGGCGAUCUAGCGCCUUGGCCGAGCUCAUCGAGCGACAACGCCGUUCUGAGGUCGAAAACCGAGCUGCACGCCCCAUCCAGCGCAUGUUCAAGCGGAUGAUCGGCAAACGCGACGGUAGACGCAUGCUUCACCGGUACAGAAUCCUGCUUCGAGUGGACAUCAAACGAAGAGAACAACGCGUUCUCGUGCAUAAGUUCUUGGAGGAGAAGUCGCAGCAGCGCAAGAAGAAACAAGAAGCAAAAGCUGCAACUUUAGCAACGCGACAACUCUCGCUGCAAACCUCGCUAAGCUCGCCACAAGUUCUGAGCUUAGACAGCAACAUGACGGAGGCUAGCGCUUUCUCGCUUGAUGGUGCCACUAUCGACGGUGGAUGGCAAGAACAAUCGCCAGACGCGACAACACCUCAGAAUGGCAGUCCUGUGCAAUAUUGGAGCGAGGAAUACCAACGAGCGUACCUCUAUGACCCUGUGACUGGAGUCUCAACGUGGCUGUAA